UUUUAGUCACUUGUCUGGCGUGUAUCAAAAAACUACAUUUAAUAUUUUUAGCAAAAAUAAAUUGAAAAAAUAAGCAAACAAAUAAUUUUUGUUUAAAAAAAAAAUCAUUCAUUAGAAAAUUUUAAUAACCAGAACAAAAUCCAAUUAUUUAAAGGAAUAUUGUUAAUUAAAAAGAUACAAAAAAAAGUUUAGUGCAAAAGUAACAUGGUGGCGGCAAAUCAAACUGUUCAAAAAUUAUUUUUACUAUUGCCACUGGCAUAUCCUCCAGUGGGCAGAGCUCCCGAUAGUGCUAUUGACUGGUCAUAUGAAAACCCCCAAAGUUGGGGCAUUAACUCACCACAGUGCAAUGGCAACCGGCAGUCUCCCAUACACAUUAGAAGCACAACGAGUUAUAUUCUGCCCAUUGCUCCCAUAAAAUUCGGCAAUUACGAUGUUCCACUGGCUACAAAUUUAAAUCUAACAAAUAAUGGUCAUUCAGUGGAGUAUACAGUGCCUUUAACAACAAAUGGUCGACGUCCCUAUAUCACGGGUGGUCUUUUGCAAAACAGAUAUGAAGCCAUGGCAGUGCACUUCCAUUGGGGUUCGGCCACAACUAAGGGAUCGGAACAUGUUAUUGACAAUCGUCGUUUUGAUGUGGAAAUGCAUAUUGUUCACAAAAAUGUUCAAUACGCUACCAUGGAGCAAGCAGCCCGCAAUAGAGAUGGUUUAGCUGUUUUAGGAGUUAUGUUUAAGAUAGUCAAUGUACCUGAUCGUAUUUAUCCCGGCUUAUAUAGAAUCUUUAAUCAAUUACCUGCUAUUGUCAACUAUCAAUCCUCUGUUAGUGUUACUGGCCGCUUGUCUUUGGGUCAAAUGUUGGGUGAUUUAAAUACUAAACAGUUCUUUACCUAUAGUGGUUCUUUAACCACACCAAAUUGUGCUGAAUCAGUUACCUGGCAUGUAUUUCCUGGUGCCCUGCCCAUAGCUCGAGAACAGAUACAAAAGUUCUGGUCUAUGUUAGACCAGAAUGGCAAUGUUUUGAAUAAUAAUUAUCGACCACUACAGAAUCGUAAUAGACGUCCUGUGUUCUACCGUAUUGCUGGUAGAACAAGUGGUUAAUUUAAGAGUUAUUAUUUUUAAAUCAUUCAUUUUAUUAGAUAAUAAGUUUAAAUCAUAAUUAUUUUCAUAAUUCUAUGUAUCAUGUUGAUCAUGAUUUUAAUAAAUUAUUUAUGUAUUUCACGUAUAAGUAUUUCAUCAUUAAAAUAAAAUCAAUUAUUACUAUUUUAUAUAUAUUAAACUAUAAAUUAUUCAGUUUUAUUUAAGAACAUUUUGCCACGAUAUAAUUAUCUGAAAUCACGAUUUGUGUUAAAGCCUCAACAAAUAUGGUUUAUAGAAAAUAUAUUUAUUUUUGUGCAAAAAUAAAGAGACAAUUAUUUAAUUUAAACUAUUGUUAAAGUGCAGUCAAUAUUUUAAAAGCAAUAUUGAAAUAAUUUAAAUGAGGAUAAAUGUUUAAAGAAAUUAUGGUGCAUUAUUGGAUAAUUGGUUUAAUUUGCAUAUUAAAAUUUAAUAAUAUAAUAUGUCGUAAGUAAAUGCAAGUGUAAUUUAGAUGAAGUUAAACAAAUUAUUAAUUAUUUCACAAAAAUUUAAUAAAUUCCAAUUGCGUUGCUG